GGAUGCUGCGCGGGCGGGGCGGUUCUCCCUUGCCGUGUGUUGUUGUGAUGUAGUAGGACGACAGACGACAACCGAGCAGAAAACGUCAUUACGGUUGGUUUUUAAAGAGCGCAAUCUUGAACAUGCGCAUGUGCGUUUUAAACCCGCGGUUUUAAUUCGAACGACAUUGGACUUAUCCGUACACGUCGUGUUCCCGACAAUAUUCAUUCCGCAUCAAUUUUGAGUCGAAGGUUGUGCAGAACCGCAGCAUGGCGUGGCCGUGCAUCAGCAGGGCGUGCUGCAUGGCCCGCUUCUGGAACCAGCUGGACAAGGCGGACAUUGCGGUUCCGUUGGUGCUGAGCAAGUACACGGACGCCUCGGAGAUGCAUCCGGUUCCGCUGCAGCCUCCAUCGCAGGCCCGCGUCGCUAUAGAAACGCAGCCGUCGCGUGCACAGCGGCGCUCGGCUGCAGGUGCACGCGCGCCCAGGAGGUGCGUGUCCGAGGAGCGCGUGUGCAGCUCGGUCAUGCGCGAGGACUUUAAACACUGGAAGGUUCGACCAGAACCGAGCUGCAAACCCAAGAACGAGUACCACGGCCCACAGAUCCCCUUCAACAGCGAGACCCAGUACCAGAAAGACUACAAGCCCUGGCCCAUUCCCAAAAGGUGCGACCACCCGUGGAUACCCAAACCUGUUGACCACCAGACACCGGGCAGGUCCACACACGGAAAGCAUGUGGACAGUGGCGUGGAGAAGAGCGCCAUUGCUGACAAAGUCCAGGAGAAAGACCUCCUCCAAGGCCAGGAGAGGAAAAAGAAGUCUACUCGAAAGGCUGAAGGAGAGAAGAAAGUGGUGCUGAAGGUGGAAGGACAAGGCAGGGCGGCUGUGGAUGCUGUCAACAGACAAAUUAAGGAGGACAUGACAUCAGGCAGCUCUUACAAAACCGAAUUUAAGGCUUACAGGGAUGUAAAACCGGCACAGAUGAUCCGGGCCAAGUCUCAGUACCUACCUCCGGAUGAGAAAACCAGGCUGGAGACCAGCUAUAGCGCUACAUUCAAGGGCCAAGCCCCGCUGCAGCCCGCUGACAACAAAGCCAUGGAGAGGAGGAAGAUACGCAGUUUGUACAGCGAGCCAUACAUCGAUCCCACCAAGCAGGUGGACAGGUAUAGUGUCCCUCGCUCCAAAGCCAAAAAGGCUGGGGCCGCGGCAGCCGACCAGGCCAAGCCAGCGAAGAAAGCCAAAGAUAAGCAGAGCGCCGCGCUGAGAGGCUCCAAGAGGACGACCUCGGAGAACCAGCCCAUGAACCGGCCAGCGGUGGGGGACAAGGAGAAAAGUAAAGAGAUGAACAACAAACUGGCUGAGGCAAAAGAGGUUGUGCUAAAACAACACCACUACAUACAACUCUGCCAGCCAAUCCGAGAUAUUGGCUGGGUGCAGACCCUAAAGCAACACCUGUGGGGCUGCGCGCUGCCUAAUUCCAGAGAUGCUAAAGAAGAGUUUGUCCGACCUGGUGGUCAUCACCAUUCCCAGGGUGCUGCUGGAGGAGAACCACAACCACUGCUGGAAAGAUCCGAACCACGGAGGAGCAGCGGAGUCGUACGAUUUGCCCUCGAUUUGAACCAGACUGAGUAGUACUGUCACCACCACACAAACACUGAAGUAUUUCGACAAAUGCAUGAAACCGUUUUUUGUUGCUGUUUGACCCCGUGGCAUUAUUAAAAAGGUGCUAUAUCAUUUUUCUUCAUUCAUGCAUUGCAUUUUAAAGCUCGACUGAAAAGAAUAUCAUAACAAAUCAAACCAUGAAGUGCUAAUUAAACAUCUAAAGCAACCUGUGCACAGUUUUAGUGUAAAUAAAAGGCAUCACUUGAAGAACUGUUUUAUUAUUUUACAAUGAAACUGUGUUCUAAAGUGUUACGCAAAUGAUUUUUUUUCUCUAAUUUUGCUAAAUAGUCAAUGUAAAUUACAGUUAUCAUCAUUUUCAAGUCAUCAACCUUCAGAGUACAAUUUGAAUGUUAUUGACCACACAACAUUUUUUUCAAAAAUAAAAACUUAAAAUACACUGUUCCACG